UCUUCAAAGAGAAUACUUCCCAGUGGACAGAACGUUUGUUACCUACUAGGCGGGGCGAGGCCAUGGCGACUGAGGACCCCAGCGAGCACGCGGCGCGGGCCUCUACCCUGGGACACGUAGCACUAGCUGCGGGGCCGCCCUCCGGGCGAAGCGGCCGCGGAGUCCCCCGACUCGGGGAGCGGACCUCUGCGGCUGUGGAGAAGCGGGGGCCGUACAUGGUGAUACGCGUACCUUCCAUUCAGGCCAAGCUGCAGAAGCACCGAGACUUGGCCAAAGCCGUUCUGCGAAGAAAAGGCAUGCUGGGGGCCUCGCCGAACCGUCCCGACUCUUCUGGGAAAAGGUCAGUGAAGUUUAACAAGGGCUAUACUGCUCUUAGUCAGGGUCCAGAUGAAAGCUUGGUGUCCCUCAGUUCUGACAGUGAUGGGGAGCUGGAAUCCAGAUACUCCUCCGGGUAUUCCUCUGCAGAGCAGGUGAACCAGGAUAUGAGCCGCCAGCUGCUCCAGGAUGGGUAUCACUUGGAUGAGAUUCCAGAUGAUGAGGACCUGGACCUCAUUCCCCCCAAGCCUAUAGCCUCUUCAACAUGCUCCUGCUGCUGGUGCUGUCUUGGGGACUCUUUUUCCUGUUCCCUCCAAUAGACAUAAGUCCCUAUGAUGGGCCCUACUUCCAUGCCUGCAGACCCCUUUUGACUCUUCAUAGGUUACAGAGUAUAGUGGGAACUGCCAUCAGCUCCAGAAUCACUUGAGGUACUGACCUUCUGGCAAUUCAGUGACCUGCAGUUACCCCUUCCUUACCUGGUGCUUCUCAGGCCAGAGGCCUGCAUCUGGGCCAUAGGGUGAUAAACAUGGAAUUCUGCAGUUGGAGUAGAGUUUGGUGAAACCACUUUAAUAAGGGCAGGAAUAGAGGAAUUCUGGCCCUUACAGUGAGGAAUGACGCUGGCUAAGAAAAACACUUGAAGACAUUUUGACUGGUAUUUGGUAUGCUCUUUGGAGGGAAAAAGAGCUUUUGUUCCCAGGUUGUGCUGGAUGGUGUGUGGUCAGAUUCCUCUGAGCAUACAUAGCAUGGGCCUCACAGUGGAUAGGAUUUUUUUUUAUAGUAAACCUCUGGAUACAACACAGCCACUCAGUUCCUAGUGUGAACACAGCAAAGAUGGCAUAAUCCCCCCGCCCCCCAACAUACACACACGAUCCCACCAGACAGCAUCUCUUGCUAGACCACCCUUCUCUCUAGAAUUUAGUUUUAGUGGUUCUUGUUUGUUUUGCCUUACCAGUGAU